CCCAUCACUCACCAAAGUAGACAGACAGGAAAAGAACCGUAGCCCUUUAUAUAUACCAAGUAAGAUCCCAAAAAACCAAAGAGUAAUCCAACACAAGCAAACAACAAAGCUAAAACACAAAGAAACAAACACUCUCUCUCCCACUCUUCUUCCUCCCUCCGACCACAAUCAUGUCUUCUAACACUACACCGUUAAACCGCCACGCCCGAAUUCCGCCGAAUGACGACACAGUAGACACCCCAUUUUCGCCCAUUAUUCGGCUGUUUUCCCGCCGUACUCCCUCCUUCUCCUCCUCCUCCUCCACCUCCUCCGACUCAUCUCGACAAUCUUCGUCUUGUCGCGAGGAUUCCCCCUUGUUUACCCCCAGCACUCCUCUCUGGUCUUCUGGAAUCCCAUUUUCUUGGGAAAAAUUGCCCGGUAUCCCCAAAAGACAACUUUCCAAGAAAAAGAACCCUUCACUAAAAAACCUCCUCCCAUUGCCCCCGGCCGGAACUCCUCCAAUCACUCCCUCAAAACAAAAGGCAGUGAUCGGUACCAAUGAGGUCAGGGAUCCGUUUUUUGCGGCGUUGAUCGAGUGUUCCAAGGAUGAUGAUAAAGACUCAGUUGGUAAUAAUUACUGGAAGGGAUCAAAAAUCAGUAGAACCGUAAGCGAUCGAUUCGGGUUUGUCGGUUUGUACACUUCUUGCAAGAGGAAUUGCUCUGUUUCGGAGUCCAUUAUCUACGUUCCAAGGUCCCGCGGGUGACUCGCAGAAAUCCCGGUGACCGGAGGGAAUUUCUGGACGGCCAACUCCGAUGGAUAAGUGUUCAUUUCGAUGUCCCAGCCCAGUUGUGGUAUGUCAAGACAAAUGUGUUCCAGAAGCUUAUUGAGGUAUUGAAUACAGGUUUAUUACUUGGAAGCAGAGUGAAAAAUGUAUUUUAAUUUUAAGUGCAUGAAUUGUAGUAGUGUUAAUUUGGUCUGUACUUUUUAGACCAUAAUAUAUAUAUAUAUAUAUAUAUAUAUAUAUAUAUAUAUAUAUUUUGCAAGGAUCUAAUUUAUCUAUGUACUCCAUAAACUUAUUAAUAUAACCUGAUCAUAUCCUUUGCUGUAUUCCAUGUGGAGUUUACUACUAUAUGGGAUCGGACUUGGAGUGGAGUUCACAAUACGUGACCACAUGAGGGGGGGCAAGAACUGGACCACAUAGUAGAUAAGGACAAGUAGUUUGGUAUUAAAAUCCCUUUUUGUUAACUAGUAAGAGCAUGGGAUGUUGUGCUCUUUUGUUUAAUUUUUUGUGAAGUUGUGUGGGAAUUUGUGAAUUUGCUGUGUGGACUACAUUUCUUGGAAUUAUUAAGAUGAGGCCGGGGUUCUAGUUCUA